AUGUCGAACACAGCACCACAGAAGGCGAACAAGUUCGUCACCGAGCUCAACCCAGAAGGCAUCAAGCCGUGCUGCGCAUGCCCAGAGGCCAAAGCAGCUCGAGACGAGUGCUUCUUCAAGUUCGGUCACAGCGUUGAAGAGCAUGGAGAGUCGGCCAGAAAGUGCCAAGACCUUGUCAAGGCGCAUCGCGAAUGCAUGGCCAAGCUUGGAUACAAGGUCUAA